CGCUCCUUUACCCUCCGUCGUCGUCGUCGCCCGCCAUCCACAAUGCACGCCCGCGUCGCCACCAACGUCUUCCGCGCUGCUGCCCGCCCUUCCAUCGUCGCCAGGGCCCGCGUCGCUCCUCUCCUCGUCCGACCUGCCAGCAGCCACGCUCAGGAGACUUUUGAACAGUUCAGCGACCGAUACGUCAAGUUCUUCCAAAACGCUGAGGACUUGUUCGAAGUCCAGCGCGGCCUCAACAACUGCUUCUCCCACGACCUUGUCCCCUCACCCGAGGUCAUCACCGCCGCCGUCCAGGCUGCCCGACGCGUCAACUGCUAUGCUACUGCUGUCCGCAUUUUCGAGGGUGUCAAGGAGAAGGUUGAGAAUGAGGCUCAGUACAAGGCUUAUGUUGAGGAGUUGAAGCCUCUCCGUGAGGAGCUCGGCAUUUCCCUCAAGGAGGAACUCUACACUUCAUAAAACCCCUUCUACAAAGACAAGCUCUGGAUAGUUGAGAGAGGACGCUUCCUGGUAGCCUCGAGGCGUUACACUAUUCAAAUGCCUAACGUACAAUUGUCUCUCGUUCUAAUAGACACCAUUACCCAAAACAUUCAAACAACGGGAUAUGCCAUUCAAUACCACUAGCGGUUGCAACAA